CCUCCGCCUCCCAUUGCAGCCCGGAGGCCAGCCUUCCCUGCCCUCCCUCCCGCUCUCAGUCCUCCUCCUCCUGCUUUGCCUUCUCCCAAGCCCUGCUGCCAGACUCAGAGAGGACCUUCCUGGGCGUCUGGAGGCUGCUCCUGGCUCCUUCCCCCCUCGUCCUCCUCCUCCUCCAUCCCUGCAGAGCCACCAAGGAAGGAAGGAAGGAAGGAAGGAAGGGGAGGCCUUGGAGAGCCCGCCCGGGCUGAGAAGAGCCCCAAGCCCGCCUGCUGCAUGGCCCAGGAGCCGGGAGGGAAAGGCGCCCUCUCCCUGGUUGGCUCCCUCCCAGGUUUGUAUUGAUCUGAGCCUUUAGAAUGGACAAAAGAGGACUCUGGACACUGUAAAACAACCGUACCCUGGAGCAGGAGCCUUAUGAUGAAGUGAAAAGGGAGUACUGGGGAUCUGGAGUCUCCAGAGAGAAAUGUGAAACAUCAGGACUAGCCCCUUUAUGCUUUUUCUGGUGUGUUCGCUGCUCACCGGGGUGGUGCUGGUGGUAGGUAGUGUUUGAGAGGGGCAGUGCUCUCUCCUCACUGAGGUUAUGGAAGGAUCAACAAUUACAAGCAGGAUAAAGAACCUGCUUCGAUCUCCCUCUAUCAAAUUGCGCAGGAGCAAGCCGGGGAGCAAGCGGGAAGACAUCGGUUCAAAGGUCACCUUGGAAAAAGUGUUGGGAAUCACUGUCUCUGGAGGCAGAGGACUGGCCUGUGACCCAAAAAGUGGACUUGUUGCCUACCCUGCUGGAUGUGUUGUUGUGCUGUUCAACCCCAGGAAGAAUAAGCAACAUCAUAUUCUGAAUAGCUCCAGGGAGACUAUCACUUCCUGUGCAGAAAGUCCCAAUGUGGAUUUUGAUAUCAGGGGAAGUGGGCACAUGCCUGCUGUUCGUGUGUGGGAUGUUGCUGAGCGGACCCAAGUGGCUGAGCUUCAAGAACACAAGUAUGGAGUGGCUUGUGUGGCAUUUUCCCCAAGCUCCAAGUACAUCGUCUCAGUGGGCUACCAGCAUGACAUGAUAGUUAAUGUUUGGUCAUGGAAGAAAAACAUUGUAGUGGCAGCCAAUAAGGUCUCAAGCAAAGUGACAGCAGUUUCUUUCUCUGAGGACUGCAGCUACUUUGUCACAGCUGGAAACCGGCACAUCAAAUUUUGGUAUCUGGACGACAGUAAAACUUCAAAGGUGAAUGCUACAGUCCCCUUGCUUGGGCGUUCUGGUUUGCUUGGAGAGCUGAGAAACAACUUCUUCACAGAUGUAGCUUGUGGCAGGGGUAAAAAAGCAGAUAGCACUUUUUGUAUCACAUCUUCAGGCCUCCUCUGUGAAUUCAAUGAAAAGAGGCUGCUGGACAAGUGGGUGGAAUUGAGAACUACUGUGGCCAACUGCAUCUCGGUGAACCAUGACUACAUCUUCUGUGGCUGUGCUGAUGGCACUGUGCGGAUUUUUAAUCCUUCCAAUCUUCAUUUUGUUACCACACUCCCUAAACCACAUUUCCUUGGGACAGACAUUGCCAGUGUCACAGAAGCCAGCCGACUGUUUUCUAAUGUGACUGAUGCCAAGUACCCAGACACCAUUGCCUUGACUUUUGAUCCCAACAACCAGUGGCUUUCAUGUGUUUACAAUGAUCACAGCUUGUAUGUAUGGGAUGUCAAGGAUCCGAAGAAAGUGGGCAAGGUUUAUUCUGCCUUAUACCACUCCUCCUGUGUUUGGAAUAUUGAGGUGUACCCUGAGGUGAAGGACGGCAAUCAGUCUUGCUUACCUCCAAACUCUUUCAUUACCUGCUCCUCAGAUAACACCAUCCGCCUCUGGAACACUGAGAGCUCAAAUAUUCAUGGUACUGCUCUGCAUCGAAACAUUCUGAGCAAUGAUCUGAUGAAAAUUAUCUAUGUAGAUGAAAACACUCAAGCCCUCCUGGACACAGAAUACAACACAGCUGGAGGUGUGGACAAGGUGGACUCACAGGUCUUAGAUGCAAAAGUGGGGAUUCGCACAGUGUGUGUGAGCCCUACCGGAGAGCACCUGGCCUCAGGUGACAGGAUAGGCACCCUCAGGAUCUAUGAGUUGAAGUCCAUGAGGGAGAUGCUGAAAGUAGAAGCCCAUGAUUCUGAAAUCCUCUGCCUUGAGUAUUCAAAGCCUGAGACAGGGUUGAAGCUUCUAGCAUCAGCUAGUCGGGACAGACUGAUCCAUGUCCUGGAUGCAGGGAGGGAUUAUAGCUUGCAGCAGACUCUGGAUGAGCAUUCAUCCUCCAUCACAGCAGUGAAGUUUGCAGCCAAUGAUGGCAAGGUACGAAUGAUAAGCUGUGGAGCAGAUAAGAGCAUCUAUUUCCGCACUGCACAGAAGAUGGGUGAUGGGGUUCAUUUUACCCGGACACACCAUGUUGUCAGGAAGACCACUCUUUAUGACAUGGAUGUGGACCCUAACUGGAAAUAUGCUGCUAUAGGAUGCCAAGAUCGUAACAUAAGGAUUUUCAACAUUAGCAGUGGGAAGCAAAAGAAGCUAUACAAAGGAUCCAAAAGUGAAGAUGGCACCUUAAUUAAAGUGCAAACAGAUCCCUCUGGUCUAUAUAUUGCAACAAGCUGCUCUGACAAGAAUCUUUCUAUCUUUGACUUCUACUCAGGCGAGUGUGUGGCUACAAUGUACGGGCACUCAGAGAUUGUAACGGGGAUGAUGUUCAGUAAUGACUGUAAACACUUGAUCUCAGUCUCUGGUGACAGCUGUAUUUUCAUCUGGCGGCUGAGUUCUGAGAUGACCAUCAACAUGCGACAAAGGCUGGCUGACAUGAAACAAAGAGGAAAGCAAGUAGAAAAAGCACAACCAGGCAAAACCACUGGGCUCACCAGGCACGAAUCGGGAUCUCUUCUCUCAUCUGCACCAGCACUUUCAUCAGAUAGUGACAAAGAUGGGGAAGAUGAAGGGAAUGAUGAGGAUGAGUUACAAGGGUUACAGUCUUUCCAAAUGCAGACCAACUGCAACACUGAAAGGGAUUCAGGUUCAGAUCUUUCUCUUUCAAGAAGCUUGUCCCACUGGGAAAUGAGAAGGGCAAAAGAAAUUGCAAUGAUGCAGUGUUCAGAGGCUACCAUGGGCAAGGCACCUCGGCAGCGUAGUCGGUGGUCGCAGCCAACAAGCACUAUAGAAAUGACAGUUAAAUCCAUGCUUGAUUUACGCCAGUUGGAAUCUUUCUCGGUUUCCCGGUCUGCCAGCCAUGAUUCUCUUUCCCAGGCCAGCAAUGGGGAUGACCAAGAAGAGCAUCCUGAUCUCACUCUGCAUGCCAUUAAUGUUGGAGGCUCCCCAGCACCCCGGGAAAACCAACCUUGCAUUCGGCCUCAAGUUAUUCGGCUUGUAUCCUGUGAAGGUGGAAUUUUCCCUCAGGAACUGGAACCUUCAGAGAGUGAGGAAUGUGUAAUCUACCCAGAGCAGGAAGAGAUACACCCUACAGACAUCAGCAGUGAAUUCCAGGUAAAAGCUCUUCCCCAUGGGAAACUAGGUAGAGGCUAUCACAGCAGUGGGUGCCCAGAUAAACACAGCCCUGACAGCGCCUGCUCUGUGGACUACAGUAGCAGUCGACUAUCGAGCCCAAAUGAAGAUUCUGAGAGUACAGAACCACUCAGUGUGGAUGGCACCUCAGACUUGGAUGAACAAGUGGGAGAAGAAGAUGAAGAGGACGUAAGCACUGGACUGAUGGAUGGAAAUGCUCCCAGGACUCCAGAUCAAGAGAAGUUCCUCAAGCAGCAUUUUGAGACUCUGUCCAGUGAUAAUGAGAAGGGUGGCUCGUAUAGGACUUUGGAGAGAACGGAAAACAGUAUUUCUUCUCGUUUUCUGUCCCAGUCUCCAGCACUCAGACAGCUAUCACUUUCUUCAUCAAAUCUCAUAGUGGAUCGAAAACCCAGUGAGGGUCUUGCCUGGUCAAGACAUGUUUCUGCAGAUCUAGUAAAAAAUGGGAUUGAUCGCCAGAAUUCAGCCAUAGAGAAUGGUUUUCAAAAUGAUAUGCAUUCCUUUAGGUCACUUUAUAUGCAGAGAAAGAGAAAACCCACUCUGGAAAUCAGCAGAGGUCCUGGAAGACCUGUUGGGCCUUUCCCAGAUACAGAUGGGGCAGUGGUGAUGAGGAAGUCCCAAUCAGUUCAUGAUCUUGUUCACAAUGAUAAGGUUCCAGGGUUGAUGCCUUCUGCCAGGCAGCGUCCUCAGGCACUCAUGGUAGGUGAGAAGGAUCCAAGGUCCAGUAACUAUCGGGCCUUGUCUGCAGCUCUGUUGAAGAUGGAUGGCUCCAAUUCUCUUCAAGCCAAAGAGAGCAAAGCUACAAAACCAAAGUCUUACAUGAGCCCGACUACUAGCUUCAUGGCUAAGAUGUCCCGUAGCAUAUCCGUGGGAGAGAAUCUCUGCUUUGGUGACUCUUCAGAAAACCUGAAUGAGGUGAAAGUCAACUCACAAGUACCAGAGAAGACACUCUUAAAUCCUUUAGGGGACCCUGAGAAGAACAAGCUACCUGUAAAAGAAAAUGGCCCAGUGAAGCCUGCUCUUCAGCAGAGCACAAGCUCUUCAUCACCCAAAUCCUUUCACAGCAAGCUAGCUUCUAACCGUGCCCAUUUGAUCCUUGACAUCCCCAAACCUCUACCCGACAGACCAACAUUGGCUUCUUUCUCGCCAACUGCCAGAUCAAAAACAUUUAUAGAAUCAGAGCCUCCCCAAUCACCUGCUGGUAUUGGUAGAAAGAAACAUUUGUUUACUGAAGGAUGGUCCUCGAAGUUGGAAAGCCAAGUAUUGAUGCCUAAAGUUAGCCCAGCAAGUCCUUCUACAGACACUCCAAAGGAGAACCAGAUGUUAUUUCAGACCAAAGUCCACCCUGAGCCAGCAGUUCCUAAUUCCAAAUUAAAAGAGUUUUCACAUGGUCUACAUCCAAAAUCUCCAGAACAAAGACCACCGGGAUGCACAGAGAGAGUUGCAAGUCCUUGUUGUGUGCCAGAUAAUCUGCAUGAGCUUUGCUUUUUUGAACCAAGUGGGCUGAGUUCUCCUACAACUGUGGGAGCCAUAGCACAGGACUCAGGUGUGCACGGAUAUCCAUCCCUAAUCUUCUUCCCCCUUCUGUCUCCUGUCUUUGUGAACCGCUUCACACUUCCAUCACAUUUCUUUACGUCCAGCUUCUGGCCUGUCUCCUCCUGUCUGCACCUGUCUCGUUCCAUAAGCCAUCCUUUCAAUGGAGGUUCUUCUAUCAGUGUUGAGCACUGCAAGCAUGUUGUGUCUGAGCUCCAAGACAGCAUGCGCAAAGCCAUUAAUCUGUACCAUUUGGUUUCUGCUGACACAGGGUCUUCAGCUGACAAAGAUGAAAUUGCUGGCCUUUUGACAGAUACUUUCUCUGUGAUGAAAAAAGAGCUAGAAUCCCUAAAGGAUGGGAAAGAGCUUCAAAGGGAAAAAGAAGUGUUGGUGAAGUCGCAAGAUGCAGUUGUCAUGCCCCUUAAUGAGGGAAGUGGUUCAGCUUUGUCCAGUCCUCGGCAUUUUGGAGAUGAGCAAACUCUUGCUUUGUUGGAACAAUACUCAGAGCUGUUGCUACAAGCUGUUGAGCGACGUAUGGAUAAAAACUCUAAGGAGAAGUUCUAAGACAGAUAAACUUAAUUGUACACUGGUGGGCAGGUUCAUGGUGGAAGCCUUGGAUGAACACUUUGUUUUUAUCCAGGAAAGAAAGAUCAUUUCUUUAAUAAGAAGCAGUACUUUUUAAGCAUCUGUUUUCAGAUAUGUGCUGGUCACAGUACUAAUCUUUCUGUGCCCACUUUUCUUUUGACUGUUAAAAACUUUUGUUCCAGCCAAAAUUUUAAAAACAAAAAACAAAACAAAAACAAAACAAAAACCCACAGGAUCAAACAGAAGUAAACCAACAGUGGCGCAGCCUGAAAACUGUCACAAGAAAAGAUCAAGAUGGCACCAAUAGGUCCCUCUGCAACAAUGUCAUUUGUACAGAUUGUUAAACCUUUUAUUUAUUAAUUUAUGUUUGUGACUAUUGCUCUAAACUUUUCACAUGCAUUUUAUAACUAUGGCUAUUUCUGCUUCCUUCUCACAUUCUCUAGUAAGAGAUAAAUUUUGUUGCAGUAAAUGUACUAGUAGGUUAGCUAGCAAGACCAUUGAGCUAUGGUAAAGCCUGUCUUGCUUGAUUUUACUCCCUUAUACCUCAAUUUACUAUGCAUAGGGUGUUUUUUUCCUUUUUGUGUAUUUUAUGCUUUUGUUUUCUCAGCUUUGCUUUUUUUUAUUUUAAAAUAAAACCUAUGCUUUACCUAUA